UGAAACUGUCCAGUCUCGACUUGUCUAAAGCGAAGUUGAGAAUACCCGGCAGUCACUACUUGAAAGGACUUUAUCUGUUCUAUAUACCAACGAUACGUUUCCUAUACUUUCCAGGAGAAAAAAACCAGUAUCGCAAACAUGGCCGACAGCAAUUCAACCUUCACCAUCGAUGUCUUCAGAGGCACACCCGAAGGAGGACUGGCCGUUGAAACGUCAACUCGUACUCUUGGCUACGGCGAAGUAUACAUCGAAACAACCCACUCAGGACUGUGUGGCACUGACCUUCACUACCUGGCGCGUGGACGAAUCAUCGGCCAUGAAGGAGUGGGAGUUGUAAGACAGCUCGGCCCUGGCGUAUCAGAUAUCAAAGUUGGAGACCGCGUCGGAUUCGGUUAUACACACAAGGUCUGCGGCACUUGUGACUGUUGUUUGAGCGGGAGGGAUCAGUACUGUCCUAAUCGAGUGGACUUCAAUAGAAACCACGACAAAAUGGGCACCAUCUCCUCUGGUGUGAUCUGGUCAGCCAACAUGGUCUUCCCGAUCCCAGACGGAUACGACUCUGCCGACGCAGCGCCACUUCUCUGUGCCGGUUCCACAGUCUUCACCGUUCUGACCGGGCCCGAGGUCAAAUCAACCGAUCGCAUUGGCAUCAUGGGCAUCGGUGGCCUGGGACACUUGGCCAUCAAACUCGCCGCAGCCAUGGGCCACGAGGUCGUCGUUCUGUCAACCUCUGAAUCAAAACGACAGGAAGCACUCGACUAUGGAGCGACAGAGUUCCACGUCUACAAUUCAGAGACUGCUCCACCCGGCUUCAGGCCCCUGAAUCAUUUACUGCUGUGCGGAAACACCGCAAGCAGUAACUUUAACAACCUAAUCGAACUCCUGGCCGUUAAUGGCACAGUAUAUCCAUUGACCGUCUCUGCAGAACACACACCUGUUGAUCUGGGAGAAUUGACUGGUUUGGGAGCUUCCAUCAAAGGAUCCCUCACGGCUUCGCGCCGUACUAUCGUUGAGCUGCUUCGGUUCGCCUCUCGACAUGACAUCAAGCCAACAGUUAUGAAGUUCCCAAUGACAGAAGAUGGAGUCAAGGAUGCUAUUGAGACUUUGAAAGAUGGGAGAAUGAGGUACCGGGGAGUGCUGGUUCGUUAGACUGGGAAAACUAGCCUGAUCGUAAUGAAAGCCCUCUGAAAGGAUUGAUGAGAUUUCAUAUCGUUGCUGUCGGGUCAUGAGGAACACACUGAUAAACUUCGAGCUGGGCCAAUUCGGGAUAAUCACGACCAAGCGGCAGAAACGGAGAAUCGACGUGGAUACCGAGUAGAUUGCUGUUGUUCGCUUUCACCAGUAUCAUCUUGAUCAAUACCAUGCUCACUAGUACCGUCUUCAUCAGUGUCAUCUCCGUCAAGGCCAU